AUGAAGUUGUCAUGGCUCGGCGCCAUCACCGCGGGCCUCGUCCUCGGCGCAACACCAGUCCUCUCGCAGGAUGAAUUCACGACCCUCGACGUCGACCUAGGUGCCGAACCCGUGCCAAAACAGUCUGACGAACCGGUCCCGGAGGAAGGAAGUGAAUAUGAAUACACAGGAGAGGAAGACAAAUGGCACGGGCAUCCACACCUUCCCGAAGACUGCAACGACAUCCGCAUCUUCAGUGCGCGAGGGUCGGACGAGCCGUACCCAGGCCGCGGAGGGACGAUGCUGGGCGUGUUGUGCUAUCUGUUCGAAUCGAACGGGCUGUCCUGCGACUACGAGGACGUCGUCUACCCGGCCAACAUCUCAUACUCGGGGCUCUUUUGCGAAUCGGCACAUACAGGCGCCACCAGGGGCCAGGCUCAGAUGACCGCCUACAUCGAGCGGUGUCCAAACUCACGGAUAGUUCUGACGGGCUAUUCUCAGGGCGGCAGUGUCGUCGGCGAUAUCUUGGGUGGCGGCGGUGGGCCAAUCUUUGGGUGUGACCAGCCGUUCAACCCUUCGAUGCCCAGGUCCACGGCGCCCGGGUCAAGCAUCGUAGCAGUCGUGACCUUCGGCGAUCCUCGCUUCACCGUCAACCAACCGUACAACAUCGGCCGUGGCUCGCCAUACAGCGGCGUUCUGCUCCGUGAGGGCCAACAGCUCGCCGACCUCAACCAAUACGAGGACAUCCUCGCCAUGUGGUGCAACGCAGGCGACCCUGUGUGCGCCGUCGGCAGCGAACCCGUCAACAUCACGGCCCAUUGGUCCUACUACGACGAAUACACCGACGUGGCGUCCCGGUGGGUCGUGGCCACGGCGCUGGGCCAGACCGAUCUACGCCUCGACUUGGAUCUCGACGGGCAGAACGAGAGUGUUGUCUUGACAGGCUCGAAUUCGUCGAGAAACAGUAAUGGUAGCGCCCGCAAUAGUGGAAGCGGUGGCGGGGAUGAGGAUGCGGCUGUGAGUUUGCGAGGUUCGAUGACUGGCGGCAUGGGUGUGGUUGGGCUCGUGGCGUGGAUUACAGCGGCGUUGGUCUGUCUGGUGUAG